GGAAGAGGGAGCAGCAGCAGAGCGACCACCUGUGAGGAGCAUGCGCCCAACGCAGGAGAUCAAUUGAUGAAAUCCUAGGAAAUGGAUCCAGUCUGCUUGAAAGAUUUGCUAUGAACUAUUUGAUGGAGGCAUCUUACAGAAAGCAGUAAACUAGUGGGGAGUGGGGAUGACUGGCACCCAUUUUUUCUAAACGUGGAUUUUCUGCCUGCUAUGGAACAAAGCGAGAGUCAGCAGGGCCCCCCACCAGAGAGUCAGGAGGGCAGCAAAAGCAAUGCAAGACCUUUGCCUGGGGGAGCCGUUCCUGUCAAGGGGGAAAUAAAGAAAUACGCAGUUACCGAUGACUACAAAAUCUCUAAGCGGGUGCUGGGUCUCGGAAUUAAUGGCAAAGUACUGGAAUGCUUUCACAAGGUGACAGGGCGGAAAUGUGCUUUAAAGCUCUUGUAUGACAGUCCAAAAGCACGACAAGAGGUGGAUCAUCAUUCGCGGGCUUCAGGCUGUCCCCAUAUUGUCCACAUGCUGGAUGUUUAUGAGAAUAUACAUCAUGGAAAGAGAUGCCUCCUUAUCCUCAUGGAGUGCAUGGAAGGCGGGGAGCUGUUCAGCAGGAUCCAGGAGCGAGGAGAUCAAGCUUUCACAGAAAAAGAGGCCUCUGAAAUAAUGAGAGACAUCGGAACAGCCAUCCAACAUCUACAUGGGAUGAACAUAGCCCAUAGAGAUGUCAAGCCAGAAAACCUGCUUUAUACAUCCAAAGGGAAGGAUGCAGUACUCAAGCUCACAGACUUCGGGUUUGCCAAAGAGACGACCAUACAGAAUGCACUGCAGACCCCCUGUUACACUCCCUAUUACGUAGCCCCAGAAGUUCUUGGUCCUGAGAAGUAUGACAAAUCCUGCGAUAUGUGGUCUCUUGGUGUCAUCAUGUACAUUCUCUUGUGUGGGUUCCCUCCAUUCUACUCCAACACUGGCCAAGCCAUUUCCCCAGGAAUGAAGAGGAGAAUUCGGAUGGGGCAAUAUGGAUUUCCAAACCCUGAAUGGUCAGAGGUAUCGGAUGAAGUUAAGCAGCUAAUUCGCCUAUUGCUAAAGACAGACCCAACGGAAAGGAUGACAAUUUCUCAAUUUAUGAAUCACCCCUGGAUUAAUCAAUCCAUGGUGGUGCCACCAACACCUCUUCACACUGCCCGGGUCCUGCAGGAAGAUAAAGAUCACUGGGAUGAAGUAAAGGAGGAGAUGACUAGUGCUCUGGCGACCAUGAGAGUGGACUAUGAUCAGGUCAAAAUUAAAGAUUUGAAAACAUCCAAUAACCCUCUCCUCAACAAACGGCGCAAGAAACAGAAACAAGGAGGCAGCUCUUCAGCAUCUCCUGGAUGCAACAACCAAUAAAGAAACAUAAGAAUAAAAAAGAACAAUUGGUUUGUUUGGGUUCAGCUCACCUUUACACCAAAAACAAACAGUGCAUCACUGAAACAUGGAUGUGUGCGUGCGACCUACAGAGAAGGUGCACUGUGAUGUUCUGGAACUUUUUAUUUGGGCCCCUGGGUUUUUUUUUCCUAAGGGGAGUUUUAUUUGUUUUUGCCAUUCUUUUGCAUUUUAGUACAGACUACCUAAGGAGUUCCAGAAAAGCCUUGGAUUCCCAUGACGCUUUA